UCUCUAGAAGUUUGGCCAAAUUAUUUGGAAUGGAAAUCAGGAGGAAUAACGUGUCCUGGUGGUGCAUUCUCCAAUCAGCUGGCAAUGAUAACCGCACGAAAUCACAUGUUCCCCGAGAUUAAGACCCGCGGAUACUUCGGUUUUGGUAAGAAAUUGAUAAUCUUCACCUCGAACAAUGGGCACUAUAGUGUGGAGAAGACAGCCAUCACCUUAGGAUUAGGCACCGAUUGUGUGGUCAAGGUUCCCUGCGACCGGAGGGGAAGGAUGAGAGUGGACAAGUUAGAACACUUAAUCAAGCUCUCAUUGCAAAGAGGUGAAACUCCAUUCUUCGUCAAUGCCACUGCCGGUACCACAGUUCUG